CGCGGUCGAAUCUCGUUCUCGCGAUACGUUGAAAGUAGACCAAGGCAAAGAAAAUGGAUGGUUGUGCUAACAAGAUAGCGGGAUAAUCCCAGUGUUAUCUGGAUAAUAGUCCAAUUUGGUCGGAGGUAUGCGUUCAGAUUUCCUCGUGGCGUCCAUGCAAAACAUCUUUCAGCCGUUAAAGCCUUGAUUCAUUCCAAUGGAUAUCACUCUGGAACCUAUGGAGAAAAAUCCAGGGUCAGAAGAGCAGCGGCCCCAGUCGGAAAUUUUGGAUGAUAGACCGGGAUUGUCCCAGAUUAGAAAAUCCUGGGGUUUCAGGAGAUCAACUCUAGCUCGACGUGAGUUCAUGGAAGAGGUCGGAGACCUAAGCCACAGCCCUCCACCUCUACGGAGAGUCAGAAGCCGACGUCCCACAAGAACGAUGACGGCCUUUAAAGACAACAAAGGUGUUCAAUCUCCUCAAGAAUCUCGGACUGUCAUAGAAGAUCUUGAGUGGUCUGCCUCGUGCUCACCUGUAUCUGAGGAGACAAAACCAGCUGUAGCCUCUGCAGGAGGGUGUCUUGACCCAAGCAUGUGGCAGGAUAUUGGGUCAGCUUUUCACACAGCUUUCAGUCUUCUUGGUGGGGAUGAGGAUUUCUCAAUGGAAAUGUCUCGAACUUUGGCAGUCCCAGAUGUUUUGGGAAUUAGCAACGCAACAAAUGCUGCUCCUCUAAAGGCUGCAUAUGACACAGAGCCAUCUGAACUCAGAGGGCCUGCAGAGAGUGUUGGAAUUUUACAUCCUGUUGCUUCAGACCGAGUAGCACAAGCGGAUGCAGAUAAUGUUCUUUUAAUCUCAAGUCAAGAGGAAGACAACGAUGACAUGCCUUUAAUACAAAUCAAGGAGCAGUUGGACUCAAAAGCCAGGCAAGGAGGAAGAGGCCCAAAAGGAAAGGCCAGAGGGAGAGGAAGGGGGCGAGCAAAGGGAAAAGGCAGAAGAAGGGGCAAAGGGAGAAAUAAAACAGCAGAGGUUGCAUCAAUUGCGGUAGAAGAUGAUGAUGAUGACGACGACGAUGAUGAUGAUGAUGUGAUACUUGUUAAUCCAUCAGAUACACUCUCUGUUUUUUCUCAUAUGAGUCCUGUUCAACAAACAAGGUCUGACGUUAUUAUUGUAGACACAGAUGUUGAUCAGAAUAGUGACACAACUCCAGGCCAGUAUGAUGAUGCACCAGAGGAGGAGCAGGGCAGGCACGCCGACAGUGUCAUUAAGAAUAUUGCGGAAUAUUCAAGUUUAUUCGACUCCAAGGCUUAUGACCCCAAUGCUCUUUACUGCAUCUGUCGGCAAAAACACAACAAAAGGUUCAUGAUUUCCUGCAAAAGUUGUCAGGAGUAUUUCCAUGGCGACUGUGUUGGUGUCAGUGAGGCAGAAGGCUGUAAAGAGUACAUCUGCCCACCUUGCACAACAAAGCAGAUGAGCCAACUCCCAUCUAAGUUUCACUCCCAUGCAGAACCAGAAAUUUCUCCUGAAAGCUUGUCACUCAGUCCUUCUGGUGAAGAACCAGAGGGCAAAGAGGAGUGGGAGUCUCUAAAGAAGACUGUAGAUUUGGAGACGAACAACAUAGUGGAGGUUCCUGCAAUAAGGUCUGAACCUGGUCCUGAACCUGAAGAGAUUAAGAAAAAUUGUUCAGGUUCACUGUGUAUUGGACCAGGAUGCUCCAAACCAGCGUUACAGGACUCUGUUUAUUGUGGCAGUGAUUGCAUUGUUCAGCACGCUGCUUUCACUAUGCAGUCCAUCUCUGACCCAAAAGUGCCCAAUACUAGAGCUCAAGUGCAGAGAAAACCUACACCUAUAACACCUACUGCAAAGGGUCAGUGCUCUAGUAGGGUGUCUGCGAGGUUAGCAGCAAAAGCUGAGGAAUGUGCCAAAGAUGAGGAUCCGAUGGAAACGGAUGGAACACAGACAGAGGCUACAUCUUCCAUAGCCUGUGACCCCACUCUCACAGAAGUUCAGGCCACUCCGCAAUCAUCACCUAAGUUUUACACAGCGUCUUCAACAGAAUGUGAACAAAUAGAGAAUGGAACCCACCAAAAACAAAAUUUAGAGGGCCCCACAACGGCUGCAUGUCCACCACCUCGACCUGUGUCUGAACCGGUCGCUCCACAGAGUAACCCUUAUGUGUCCGCAAAAAGCGACACUUCCGGUGAAACAACUCAAGAAUCAGUUCCCUCCACACCACCCGUAAGAAAAAAAUCUGCUUCAUCUCUGGCCUCCCAAUCGGCAAACACGUUAGGAUCUGAACACAAAGAAACUGGGACUGUUUUGAACUCCUUGAUAUCAUAUAUAAUACCAAAGAAGCAAUCUGGACUUCAGUCCUCCACAAGCCACGCGGUACCCUCGUGCCAGAAGCCUUCGGUUCCAACCCUACUGAACGAGCCCCGAAAUCUGCCUGUGCCACCUGCACCAAGCGCUCCCCCCUCUAGACCCUCUCAGCCAAAUAACCAGGUCAGACAGAGCAUCCAACGCUCCCUCAUCAGCAUCUUGUCCAAAAGGGUUUGUGACUGUGAGGAUCUGAUCUUGUCUGAAAGUGAUACUGCAAAGCUUGUUGCGAGCAUUGAGAUGGAGAUGUUCAACAUAUUUCGGAAUACAGACAGCAAAUAUAUGAAUAAGUACAGAGCAAUUAUGUUCAACCUUAAAGAUCCAAGAAACAAGGGUUUGUUGUACCGAGUCGUACAAGGAGACAUCAGUCCUUUCAGACUGGUCAGGAUGAGCCAAAAGGACAUGCAGGCAACCAAGGCCCCAGACAGCAACGUAAAAGACACUUCCGAGGUCAAAAAUGCAGCUGCCAAAGCAUCCAGUUUGUUGCAGAAGCCUGAAGCUGUGAAAGUUGAGCUUUCCUGUUUAAACAGCCCUAAACCAGACAGAAGACCAGUGGGCAAUAAGCGAAGUCUGUCUACUUCCACGGUUCCUCUCAAGAACAGAGCAAGUGAGCCAAGCAAGGGGAGCUCUGUACCAGAUGUUCUUACCUGCAUGCUUAAAGACACGACCUCUGAACACAAGGCUCACCUGUUUGACUUGAAAUGCAAGAUAUGUACAGGACAAAUGGGAGAGGAGGAACCUCCAAACAAAAAGAAAAAGGUGUCUGAAUCAAGCGAUAAGAAUUAUUCGCGGUGGAGAAAGUCUACAGAUGACUCACCUCUUCGAGUACCACCUGACUCACCCGACGUUGAUUACUCGUCAUCUACUUUCGACCCUUCGUGCCCUCUUGUUAUUGACACCAGCGAUUUUGCUGUUAUGGAAUCUCCUGCUUCCCCUAUUAAGGAUUCUCCAGCCUCUCCUACUUUAGAGUCACCUGCUUCCCCUGUCAUGGAGUCUCCCAGAUCUCCGGUUUCAGACACUUCUAAAGCCGCAGGUUCGAAAAGAACGUACACACCUGUUGUGAUACCAGCCGUCUCCACAGUGACUAUUACAAGGCGCGAUCCCCGCACUGCAGCCAAUAGGACCUCUGCACCAUCACGAAGCACCUCUGGUCCUAUGAAUAUUUCAAAAAAUCAGUCAGCACCUUAUGCUCCUCCUACUGAGGGUAGCUCGACUUCACCAGCCAUACCACAGUUGCCAGUACCAGCAACAAAACUAUUACCAAAGCCUAUCCUAAUGAAACCGUCCUCUUCAGCUGAUCCCCGACUCUAUGCUUCAUCCUCAAGAAAUGUGAUCUCUGCAUCUCCCGCCGGUGGUGAAACGUCACAGUUCCUGGCCAAGCAAGAAGUGCUGUGGAAAGGCUUCCUCAACAUGUUCACAGUAACAAAGUUCGCCACGAAGGCGUAUCUGGUUUCAGGAUCUGCCGAAAUGCUGAGAUUGGAACUCGCUGACAGCAUUGAAAUUGGUGGACGAAUCAUGCCUCAAACAGUGUGGGACUAUGUUGCCAAGCUCAAAACCAACAUUACAAAGGAGUUAUGCAUAAUACGCUUUCAUCCUGCAACUGAAGAAGAGGAGGUAGCGUAUAUCUCGCUCUUUUCCUACUUCAGCAGCAGAGGGCGUUUUGGUGUAGUUUCCAACAAUAGCCGUUCCAUCAAGGAUAUCUACCUUGUACCGCUGAGCGCAAAGGAAUCCAUCCCAUCCAUACUGCAACCUCUGGAAGGACCAGGACUAGAAAAGAACAGGCCCAAUCUUCUUCUUGGUUUAGCAAUCGUCCAAAAAGCAAAACGUUCUGGAAGUAUACUUCAGGAAACAGAAGAAAAGAAAUCUAAAGUUGUCUCAAAAGACCCUAUGUGGAUCCCAAAACCUCCAGUCCUCUAUGGUUCUGGCAAAUUGGAGGUUUUCCAACCCUAUGAUCCCGAGACCCCAUCAAACACAACCCCUGCUCUUUCACCCCCUUGUCCUGGGUCACCAUCAGAAUUCUCUUCUAACCCAGAAACUCUACCAUCACACGUGGCCAAUAUUAACUCAAACCCCACCGUUUCUACCUCAGCCCCUGCUACAUCCACCCAGUCCACAUCCAGUCACACCUCUGACAUAAAUAUGAAAGUCCAAACACCACUAUCAAGUAUCUUAAGUACAUUGUUUGGAAAAAAGCAAACUACUGUCAUUGUCUCUAAUGAGGAUUAUUCUACGACUAAUGUGACAACAGUAAGUGCUAAGGUAUCUGUGCUUUCUCGUGUGUCUGGAUCAAUGGUGGAUCCAAUUGUUCAACAGUUUGGACAGAAAUCUAAAAUCAAAGAUAUAGAAGAGGAGUACACAUUUGAUCGUCCCUAUGACCCAGAGGAGGAGUAUAAUCCAGCAACAGGAUAUGGAACCGUUUCUUCACAGAACAAAGGCAACAAUAGUUUGGAAGAUCCUCCACUGUCAAAAGCUGGAGAGGAUGAUGUGGCUUAUGAUCCAGAGGAUGAGACGAUUUUUCAAGAUGUGCGACGUGAUGCAAUGAAACUGAAUCAACCUCAAAUGUCAAACUCUCCAUCAUCAUCAUUCCCGAUUUCCACACAGGUUGAAACGCCGUCUUCUUCCAAAACUCCAACUCAAACCUCUUCUCUGGCUUCUGUUCCACAGAACCUUCCCACAGGUUCUGUAGUCGUGUCAGCAGCAACACUAACUGAGCAGCAGCGAAUGCUUGAGGAACUUAAUAAACAGAUUGAAGAGCAAAAACGACAGUUAAAGGAACAAGAAGAGGCACUUCGUCAACAAAGAGAAGCUGUCGGUAUGUUUAUGGCGCAAUUUUCUGGGACCGAGUCCAUGAUGUCUUCUCCUGCAACCUCUCUGCCUCUCAGUCAAAUUUCAUCCCAUCAGAGUGGUAAAAUUCACUCAGGGUCAAGACGUUCAGGGUCAAAAUAUUCUAAGGUGGAAGAGGCCACCACUCUGACAGAGGAUGUGGAUGUUCCCGGCAGGGAGUCACAAACUGAUAGGCAGGAAGACACAAAUCCUAUUCCUGAUUUAAAUAUAACUUCACCUACACAACAAGGUGAAGUAUCUCACAAUGUAAAGGAAAAUGACAAAUCUUCCUCAGCUGGUGAAAUUGAGGAUUCAGAUGUACCUUAUGAUCCAGAGGAUGACCUUUUCAAUGAAAUCCAAGAUGAUGUAUUCCAAGUGGGCACCGCGAAGAUUCAGGAGAGAACAUAUGGAGCUCCAUCUUCACAUCACAGCAGAAGGCAUAGAUCAUCACCAAAGAAGCGAAGUCAUCGUGAAAGAGACCGCUGCAGAAGUCCUUCAAGGAGAUCCCAUCAGCAUUCCGUUCCACAUUCCAGGAAGCACAGGGAAAGGGACAGGCACAGAAAAAGUGAAAGAGACAGGUCAAAGCAUAGAACUAGAGAUCACUCCGAACGUGAGGCUCGUCACCGUAAAUCACAUAGUACACGUCGGCAUUCCCAUGAUCAUAGAAGGUCACCGUCCUCUAUGAGAAAAAACAAUUUGGUGUCACUUGCACCAGAAAAGUACAGGGCAUCCCCCUCUCUGACUGAGAAACAAAUGCAUGUUCCUUUGAAAUGUCAGUUGAACCCAAAUGCUGUAAAAUCUGAACAAAGUGACUCAUUACAUACCCAACUUUCUUUGAAAAUUACCAGCAAUGAAAGCUCUGGUAAAGACCUUUCUCAAGAAAAUGUGCCCAAUUUAAAAUUUGAAACUUCACAAGAAACCAAAUCCAACGAGCCUGUAAUAAACAAGGACGGUGUGCUUGAUGACUCAGGUAAUGUAUUUCCUCCACAGAUGACUAAACAGCUAGGAACAAGUGGAGAUAAAUAUGAAAGUUCAAUUCCUCUGAGAGAAAUUGACCCCCCAAUUCGAGAUUCUCCUGAGAGCCCUGACCCUGAUCCACGGUUUAUAGCACCAAGUGUGAUAGCGCAAUCUGAUCAAAUCAUUGAUUGCCAAACACAAAUCAGUAAUGUUACCCCAGCUGUAGAAGUAGAAAAUGAUUUACAGCUUUCUGUAAGCCAAGCAACUUCACCACCGGACCUUGAAGGUGAAUCAAAUGUUAGCGAUCUCAUUUUUAGAGUACUUGGUAUACAGGGAUCAGAUUCUAGAGCCCAAAGUAUGACAGAGAAAGAGAGUGAGCAGAAAGAGAGUGAGCAGAAAGGUUUUGGUCGAAAGGUUUCAGAAAUACUGGGUCAAGGGGGUGGACCUUUAAACUCAGCUAUGAAAAGGACUACGAGUUUAGGACCUGAAAUUGGCCAUGUUCUAAAACAUUCAAGAACAGAUAUUGAUCUGGAACAAGGUACUGAGGUUCCUAAUGUGAAGGGAGACGAGAAUAUAUCUCAGUCAGAACAACCACCUAGCAAGCCGUGUGUCAUGGAUAGUGGGGUUGUACAGUUUCAAGGUAGAAAUUCAGAUUUGACAAGAAAAGAUUUCAAUGGAAGAAAUUGCGAUCAAGAAAGUAUUUUAAAGUCAAACGUAUCCCCAUGUUUUGAUGAUAGAUACCUGCGUACAGCAUCCCCAGCAAUGGCAGAUGAAAAACAUGCAAAUGAAAAAUCCACAACAGAAGAGGCAUCCGUGCAUAGGCUAGAGCCAACGAUAAAAUAUGGACAUUUUGAGGCUAACACUUCCUGCACGGGACAAGAUGGUGUUGGAUCUGAACACCCUUUCACGAAAUCACAGCAUGAUAAUAAAUUGGAGAGGAGUGUGCAAAGCCUUGAAAUAAAAGUGUCAGAAAACCUACAUGAAAAUAGAAAGCACAUCAGAGAUGUUUUUUCAUUAGGGGCUGGUCAAGUUGCGCCUUAUGUGGGUGGUCAACAUUUUAGUGAUGCAGUUGACUCACAUGUUCCAGACAAAGACAUUGAAGAAAGACUUUCAGAUAGCAACUAUGUAAAUAUUCAAGAAAGAAACAAGUAUGACCAAUGUCCUGAGAGAGCAAAUGAACAAAGUGGUCAACAAGACCAAUGUUCUUUUUCUAAUAUUACGAAUGCAGAUUGGAGAACUAAAAAAACAGGAAUAGAAGUUAAGAGUCAAAACAUGGACCUCUUUCAGUGCAGGACAGACCUAGAUUGGAGUUGUCCAGGACCAGAGGGCGAGUCAGUCAGAAUAGGGCAACAUGGAAAAAAUGAAGGGAGAGUCCAUCAGGUUGGUUGGAGAGGGACAACUAUGGAAAGCCAUGUACUUGUCAAAACCAUUACUGUAGGUAUAGACCCUUGUAAACCAUGGAUUGAAAUGGGAAGGCCAGAAUUUGGGUCUUCAAAGCAUGAUAGUAGACUACCAGACUGCCCAGAUGUCACUGGACCAAGGUCUGAGAAGAUGCCUCCUGACAUAGAAGUCCCAGUACGCGAAUGGAGAGAACCGGGUGAUCCAGAUUUCAUUGGAGUAAUGGCUAAUGCCAGAAGACCCAAUAUGGAGAACUGGAUUGAAGAACAGAGAUUAUGUACUGACAUGAGAAUUUCCAUGCAUGAUAGGAGAGAACCAGAUGAUUGUGAUUUCAGAAUACAUGAAUGGGAAAAUCCAUCUUUAGCUGAAGGUUUUCUUGGGAGGAAACCCGUAAAUACUGAUUUCAGAGAAACAAGACCUGGAAAGGAACUUUCAGCUAUAAAUAGUUUAGGAUAUGGUGUCAAAGGACCAGGUGUCCCAGACCAUCUAGCAUCGUGUUUUGAAGGUGUUCUGGGUAGGGAAGGCCCUGUACAUGAAAAUAGAUGGGAGAGAGGUCCGGGAGGCCGUGAUGUGAGGAGAAAAGGGCCUGAUUCUGCAAUAGAAUGUCCAAGGAUUGACACAAAAGGUCAUGUAAGAUCACAUUUCAGCGAGCUUGGGAAUGAAAGGAGAGAGUUAUCAAUAAAAAGUCCUUGGGACACGCAGUCAGAAAGUGAGAAUCCAAACAUGAAUGUAACCUUGCAUGACUGGAGAGGUCCAGAAAUUAUGGGACCUGGACCUGAAAGAGAUCACACAGGGCCUGAUAACAGAAGACAUCAACCAUUUAUGGAGCAGAGAAGGGUAGAAGCAAGAAUUCCAAACAGACCAGGGGAUCAACAUUUGGGUCCAAUCACAGAGUGUCCGGGGUUGCAUAGGAAACAUGCAAACGAGCAGGAAAUGAGGUAUGGCAGUGUUUUUUCUGAUAGGAGAGGCAUUGAUCGUCAUUUCAGGGGACCUGGCCCACAAAGGAUGAGCCCAGACUGCAACUGGAGAGGUCCACAUUUAAGAGCUGAUUUAGAUCCUGGGAGGAAAGGUCCAGCUAGUCAAGAUUUAAGAGGACCAGGACGUACAAUUAGAAAUCCAAACAUUGAGGGCUUGAGGCCUGACAGACAAGAACCGGGAGACCAUGACUUCAGAAAUCCUAGUUUUCAGAUGGGUUCAGAGGGUCCAGGUCCUAACUGGCGAGAACAUAGUCCACCAUUUAUGGGACCAGGAAAUGGCCAGAACAGCAGAUCAGGUCCAGAAAACAGAGAAGAUCAAAGCCAAGGAAGAAGAUCUGACUUGGAUUUUAGAAGAACAGAAGUGUCACGUGAAGGGGCAGACAUAGAUGGUAGACAGCAUGACAAUAGCGGUAGAAUUCUGAAGGUUUCAAUGCCUAUGAGAAGAAAUAGAGCCACAGAACCUCAUAUAAACAGUCAUCAAGGCAAAUGGAAAGACACAGAUUGCAGGUACCCAGCACCAGAUCAUAGAAGCACAGACGCCGAGGAGCACUGGUCAGAUGAACAUGAAAUGCAAUUUCAAACCGAAUGGAACCGUCAAGAUAACAGGUAUCCUGGGCCGAUUGAGGGUAUCGAUGUGGCAGUUUUUGAAUAUGAUACAGAGGACCCUCGUACUGCUCAGAGAGGCCCAGGGAUUAGGGAGCGAGGGCUUCUACCAGAACGGACACCUUUGCCAUUUUUUGGUCCCAGGAGAAUUCCACAGGAUGAUAGGAGUAGACCUGGCUGUAGAGAGCCAAGGCGUUUCCAAGAUAAUGCUGAUAUAAUGCGUCCUAGGCCUGGCAGAUUAGGACCUGGAAAUGACUGUAGAGAGACCAGUCGAGGACGUGCUGAGCCAAGAUGGGGAUCUGAAAGCAUAGCGUGCACACAAGAAGACCGUGAUAGGAGAGUUCAAGAUCCAAGGCAAUCACAAAACAUUGAACGAGCAAGGCCCGUUCAUGAUAUAGAUCACUCAUUCCAUAACAGACGAGAGUUUGAGACGCAGGACAGUGAUGAGCAAAGAGGAGUAGGAGAUACAGAUGCUCGAUUCCAUGAAAAUUCAUUUAUUGAAAGGCCAAUGAUUGGCACAAGAAAUUUACCUCCUGGAGCGAUAGAGCAAGAACGGGAAGGUUUAGACAUUGAAGGUCCUGCGCCAGGUGGCCAAGGAUCUGAAUCUGGUUUUAGGAUGGAAGGUCCAGACAUGAGAAGGUUUAGUCAUAACAGAAUGGAUAGGAGGGGGGCACCGGACAACCUAAAACUGGGACAUGGGCUUAAUCGGUGGCAUGCAGACACUGAAUUUCCCGUGUGUAACAGAAGAGAUGGAGAUAAGAUGGGCGCACAUUUAGACUCAAAGGAACCCGUUCCUGCGACAAAGGAUGGCACGAAAUGUUCUGACGUAAGGGACUUAAGACGGUAUAAUAGACAAAACUCGGUCAUUCGAGGUAGGAGACCAAGGCAGAAGUAUCAAGCAGUUCAUGGUCCUCAGAGGGGUUAUCGGGGUAGUUCAGAAAAUCCACAAAGCCAACAGGAAGCAAAAAUUCCAAAACCGAGGGUUGCUUUGCUACCCACUCCAACCGAAGGCCGCAUAUGCUUGCCAAAUCAGAAGAUGGGCAAUUCCGGCAUGUUCAAUAUAAAGCAAAAACCAACGGGCCACCAUAUGAACAGGCAAUGGAGUCGAGGUCGAUCGUUUAGUCAAGAAAGACAAAAACAAGAUCCUGCUGGCAAGGCGGGAGCGGAAAACUGCAACAAGUAGGAAGCCCGCCAUUUAUGUCCUAAAACAAAUGUAUUUACAUCGCAUUGCUGGGGAAAGGCAAAAUCAGUGAGUACAAAGUGAAAAGUUAUGAAGUAUUUCUAUUGACGAUGUUCAUCUUGGUUGUCUCAAACAUUAGUUAUAUAAUUCCUUGUUUGAUUCUCUUUAAUUGGAACAAAGUACAUCAAACCCUAACCACUCGUGAAUUCAGGUCUAGGAGCAUUUUCAGAAACAUUAGCAAACGUUUGUACAUAAAUGUAUAUAUUUAAUUUGUAGUCAAAGUUUGGUUUAAAGUAUAUCUGUUGCUUCAGUUUCUGACAAUUUUACAACUACAAAAAUAAAAAGGCCAAGCUUUUCAAUUUUG